AUGCCAUCACAAAAAACUCAUGUAUUGACCAUUUUCUACGCUGAUGAUAUCGGUCUGAUAGCCGAGAGCAGAGAAGAACUCCAGGACAAGCUGCAGAGAUGGCAGAAAGUGCUGGCAGAGAAUGGGCUUCUGAACGUGGAGAAGACUGAAUUGCUCAGUUCUGGAGAGUGCACGGAGACAAUCGUAGGCCGUGCCGAAGAAGCCAUCGAAAAGGUUCAGGUUUUCCGAUACCUAGGGAGUGUUCUGGUCGAUGAUGGUAGCAUGGACCAAACCGUAAAAGCCCAAAUAAACGCGGCAUAA